AUGAGACUAUCGAAGCUGAAAUCAUCUGCACUCAACGAAACAAAGAAUCCUACUCCUUCCAUCACUGAAAUCAUAAGAAGGGCCAGUGCACCAGCUUCAAAAUCAUUAAGUGAUACCAGAAAACUAGAGAUGAUUGCCGCUGCUGCAGAACAAGUUGAGAAAAACUCAAAGGUGGUUAAAGUAGUCCCUAUAAGCAUAAUUCCACCCAAUUGGAAUAUUACUUCUACCACGGGUGGUCUACUGAUGCUGGAGAAAAAUGAGUGUACCACGCCACCGCCUGUAAUCUCAAAGGAAGCUGAUGAGCUUGAUGAAGAGUUAACAAAGACAGUGGAAAAGAUCCUCAAUGAAAAACCUAAGAGGAGAAAUCCAGCAAGAGUCCGCAGGUUGCCUGAACGGUUUAGUUUCGGUUCUUCAAAAGCUACAUCACGUGUGUUUGUAGGCAUAGAACUGGUUAGUACUGAAUACACUUUCACAGAGGUUAAGCUACCAUCGCAUAAGGACAAAACGGUGAAUGGGGAAGAUUGUGGAAUAUACACAAUGCAUCACAUAGAGCGGUAUGAUGGUGGUGAGUACGAGGAUGGUACUACUUUGGAUUUCAACACAGGAAACAUCAAAGACUACCGGUGGAAAUACAUGAUAAGAAUCCUAAUGCACCUAGUCAACAAAAAUAAGAACAAAAUCCGCGAAGCAAUGCACCAGUUCUAUACAAAUACUGCUGAAGAAAAACAAAAAGAAAUUCCAUAUCAUGUUGAUUUGAGCAGGUAA